UCCGGCCCCGGCUCCGGCCCUGCCCGGCCCCGGCCCCUGCCCGCGGCCCACGGCUCGGAGCGGCGCCCGCGUGGAUGGGAUGGAAGCGGGACCCUCGGGAGCAGCUGCAGGCGCAUACCUGCCCCCCUUGCAGCAGGUAUUCCAAGCGCCACGUCGGCCUGGGAUAGGAACUGUUGGGAAGCCCAUCAAGCUCUUGGCCAACUACUUUGAAGUGGACAUUCCCAAGAUUGAUGUGUAUCAUUAUGAAGUGGAUAUCAAGCCAGACAAAUGCCCACGCAGAGUCAACAGGGAAGUUGUGGAGUACAUGGUACAGCACUUCAAACCACAGAUCUUUGGUGACCGAAAGCCAGUCUACGAUGGGAAGAAGAACAUCUACACUGUCACAGCCUUACCCAUUGGAAACGAGCGGGUUGACUUUGAGGUGACGAUCCCGGGGGAAGGCAAGGACAGGAUAUUUAAGGUCUCUAUCAAAUGGAUGGCCAUCGUGAGCUGGCGCAUGCUGCACGAGGCCCUGGUCAGCGGGCAGAUCCCCGUCCCCCUGGAGUCUGUCCAGGCGCUGGAUGUUGCCAUGAGGCACUUGGCUUCCAUGAGGUACACCCCUGUGGGUCGCUCCUUCUUCUCCCCUCCCGAAGGCUACUACCACCCCCUGGGAGGCGGCAGGGAGGUCUGGUUCGGUUUCCACCAGUCGGUCAGACCUGCCAUGUGGAAGAUGAUGCUCAACAUUGAUGUGUCGGCCACCGCCUUCUACAAAGCCCAGCCCGUAAUCGAGUUCAUGUGUGAGGUCCUGGACAUCCGGAACAUCGACGAGCAGCCCAAGCCCCUGACGGACUCACAGAGAGUGCGUUUCACCAAGGAGAUCAAAGGUCUGAAAGUGGAGGUUACCCACUGUGGGCAGAUGAAGAGGAAGUACCGCGUGUGCAACGUUACCAGGCGGCCGGCCAGCCACCAGACGUUUCCCCUGCAGCUGGAGAGUGGGCAGACAGUGGAGUGCACAGUGGCUCAGUACUUCAAGCAGAAAUACAACCUGCAGCUGAAAUACCCACACCUCCCCUGUCUCCAGGUUGGCCAGGAGCAGAAGCACACCUACCUGCCCUUAGAGGUGUGUAACAUCGUGGCAGGCCAGCGGUGCAUCAAGAAGCUCACAGACAAUCAGACGUCAACCAUGAUAAAAGCAACAGCCAGGUCUGCCCCAGACAGGCAGGAGGAAAUCAGUCGCCUGAUGAAGAAUGCCAGCUACAACCUGGAUCCAUACAUUCAAGAGUUUGGGAUCAAGGUUAAGGAUGACAUGACAGAGGUGACGGGGAGGGUCCUGCCAGCACCCAUCCUGCAGUAUGGAGGCAGGAACCGGGCCAUUGCAACUCCCAACCAGGGCGUGUGGGACAUGCGAGGGAAGCAGUUCUACAACGGCAUUGAGAUCAAAGUCUGGGCCAUUGCUUGCUUUGCCCCACAGAAGCAGUGUCGAGAGGAGGUGCUGAAGAACUUCACAGACCAGCUGCGCAAGAUCUCCAAGGAUGCAGGGAUGCCCAUCCAAGGCCAGCCCUGCUUCUGCAAAUACGCCCAGGGUGCUGACAGUGUGGAGCCCAUGUUUCGACACCUCAAGAACACUUAUUCAGGGCUGCAGCUCAUCAUUGUCAUCCUGCCAGGGAAGACACCAGUGUACGCUGAGGUGAAGCGUGUUGGGGACACCCUCCUGGGGAUGGCCACGCAGUGUGUCCAGGUCAAGAACGUGGUGAAAACCUCCCCGCAGACCCUUUCCAACCUCUGCCUCAAGAUCAACGUCAAGCUCGGGGGGAUCAACAACAUCCUUGUGCCUCACCAGCGCUCUGCUGUCUUUCAGCAGCCGGUGAUCUUCCUCGGGGCCGAUGUCACUCACCCACCGGCAGGAGAUGGGAAGAAACCCUCCAUAACAGCUGUUGUGGGCAGCAUGGACGCCCACCCCAGCCGGUACUGUGCCACGGUGCGUGUGCAGCGUCCUCGCCAGGAGAUCAUUGAGGACUUGUCCUACAUGGUGAGGGAGCUCCUCAUCCAGUUCUACAAAUCCACCCGCUUCAAACCCACCAGGAUCAUCUUCUACCGCGAUGGUGUUCCUGAGGGACAGCUCCCGCAGAUCCUUCACUAUGAGCUCCUAGCGAUCCGAGAUGCCUGCAUCAAACUGGAGAAGGAUUACCAGCCCGGCAUCACCUACAUCGUUGUCCAGAAGAGGCAUCACACCCGUCUCUUCUGUGCAGACAAGAAUGAGAGGAUUGGAAAGAGUGGGAACAUCCCAGCAGGAACAACAGUGGAUACAAAUAUCACCCACCCCUUUGAGUUCGACUUCUACCUGUGCAGUCACGCAGGCAUUCAGGGUACGAGUCGGCCAUCCCAUUACUAUGUCCUCUGGGAUGACAACCGGUUCACCGCGGAUGAGCUGCAGAUCCUCACGUACCAGCUGUGCCAUACCUACGUGCGCUGCACCCGCUCCGUCUCCAUCCCGGCCCCGGCCUACUACGCGCGGCUGGUGGCAUUCAGAGCACGGUACCAUCUCGUGGACAAGGAGCACGAUAGUGGUGAGGGCAGCCAUAUAUCUGGACAGAGCAACGGCAGAGACCCCCAGGCCUUGGCGAAGGCUGUGCAGGUUCAUCAGGACACUUUACGUACCAUGUACUUUGCUUGAAAGCCUUUUGUUACCUCACUCAAGAAAGCUUUCAGAUUUGUAGGAGCCAUACAAAAAAGGAAGCAUUGGGACACCUUGUUUAUUUUCCAAUGAGAGCUCACUGCAGGGCAGGCAGCGUCGAGUCGAGGCAGGAGACCAGCACCACGGGGCAGGGAAGAGCCAACACCUCUGGAGCAUCGCAAGGAACCGGGGGUUAUGUUCUUGAUCAUUUUUUUCUGGCUUUGCAAAACUUUGACCUGACCAAACACACGAAGGCGUUGGAGGAAGGGAGAGCUCCUCCCGCGAGGCCCACGCGCCUUGGCACUGAUGAGAUGCAAUACUAUAGACUCCUGACUGUGAACUGGCGGAUUUGGUCCUCCGUUGCCCACCAGGCGCUGGUAGGUAUUUUUUGUGUGGGUUGGGGGGAGGGGAUUUUUAGAGCCUUAAAACAGAAGAGUAGAUUUAUAAAACUAAUAUUUUAGAAUAUGAGAUGCUUUAAUGGGUUAAGGGGAAAGAAACCAACUAGUUUAUAGGAGAAUUCUAACACUAACGGUUCCCCGCCCCGUGAAUAAUU